GAGGCGCGUCCUGGACGGGGGACGGAUCCCGAGCGAUGCCAGGAAGAGCUGCAGGAGGACCGGGACAGGGCCUCGGACACAGCUGCCAGCUUUGAGUCCCAUCUCACACAAGCACCCCAGAAAGAAAACUGAGUGGGAAAUACGGCAAAGACUUUCUUGAAAUGGUAGUCCGUUGGGCUGGAGGUGUUCUUGCUCCUAGGCCCAGAAAUUUCUCCUGAAGAACAUUCUUGACAGCAAUUUUGCGUUAAGGAUUAUUGUUAUUAUGGUACGGAAUAUUUAAGUUAAUUCAGGUAGCAGGUGCAUGUUCCAUUUUGGAUUUAAAAUGUUAGUACGGCGUUUCUUUUAAAAAGCUCUGUGAAAAUUGGAGGCGUAAGACAGCAUAUCUGAAUGCCGAGAGAAUUGUUAUUCCCCAAAGCGUGAACUCCUUGCUCUUCAGAAUGGAACGUGGGGGGGGGCUCAGCGGGAGGCCCCUGCGGGUUCAGUCUUUUCGCAGAGGCCUCAGGUGGCGGAAGGCUUAAGGGCCUGCUCCAGCAAGGCCAGCGGCCUGCUAAGGCACUCCGGGGCUCCCCUCCAUGGAGACUCCUCCGCAGGAUUCGGACUUCACAGUAGCAACAGCAGCCCGCCAGAGCCUCUACUCGCCUGGAGCUGCCCCCUCCCCCAAUUUCUUUCUGGCUGCGCCAGGGGUAUUUGCAGGGCUGAGUGUGGGAACACCCUUCCCGUUGCUUAGGCUCUCUCCACCCUAUGGGCCUUCCCGUCCUCCUUGCCCAGCCAGCUGCUGGAGGGGUGAGGUGGUAGGUCUCCGCGGGAUGCUUCUGGGCUUGGAGGCUGCAGCUGCCCUGAUGUGGGUCUCCUGCUUCCCCUUCAGAACCAUUGAUUCUCUCUAUGAAGAACUGGUGCUCCAGGGCAUAAUUAAGAAGCCCCAGAAGGUGCAGCUGGCUGAAUACUCAGGUUGGGUUCCCAGCCAGCGGUCGGGGCCGUGCAGUCGGACCGUUUGGGAGGGCCUGGCAGGUGGCGUCCAGGUGGCCCUUCAGCAUCUCCUUUCCUAUCAGGGGACUUCUGCUACCUGGGAACCAUCUUGCGCCAGCAGGAAAUCGAGCCCGCUCCCUCUAUGCUGGACGUCCGGCAGAACAUUGCCCUGUAUGCUAUCCUGCCUCUUGGUAAGCCGGCGGCCUCGCGGGGCUUGGGACGGCUGCCUCGUGGCGAUCUGGGCAGCCUUGGCUCUGCCCCCCCGACCUCUCUCUCUCCCCGCUCCUGCCCCACCAGGUUCUCAGACAGUGCAUGAAAGGGCCCCUCAGGUGAAGUCGGUCCUCCUGGCUGGCCCUGCAGGCACCGGGAAGAAGAUGCUGGUCCAUGCAGUUUGCACUGAGGCAGGUGCCAACCUUUUUGAUCUUUCGCCAGACAACGUGGCUGGCAAGUACCCUGGUAAGAGUGGCCUCCAGAUGCUGAUCCACGUGGUAUUCAAGGUAGCCCGCAAUUUGCAGCCAUCCGUCAUCUGGGUAGGGAAUGCGGAAAAGACAUUUUACAAGAAGGUCCCCAAAGAAGAGAAGGAGCUGGAACCCAAACGGCUGAAGAAGGACCUGCCAAAGGCCCUGAAGUUGCUGAAGGCUGAGGACCGUGUGCUGCUGAUGGGCGCAACCAGCAAGCCCUACCUGGCUGACAUCAAGGGCCUGUGCAAGACCUACGAGAGGGUCCUGCUGAUCCCCCAGCCAGAUUAUGCGUCUCGCUAUGUGACGUGGCAGCGGCUGAUCCAAAAGCACGGGGGCGUGGUCACCAGCAGCCUGGACCUCAGCGCUCUGGCGAAGGUGUCGGACGGCUACAGCCAAGGCAGCAUGGCGCAAGCCGUGAAGUUGGUUCUCAGCGAGCGGCGCCUCCUGCAGCUCCCCAAGAAGCCGCUGUGUGCUGGCGAGCUCCUGCAGACGCUGGCCAGGGCAGACCCCGUCUACCCGGAGGAGCAGGAGCUGCUGAAGUUUAGCACAUGGGAUGAAUUAGCUACCCACUACCGCAAGACCCUGGGCGCUGUGGGCAUCUCUUCUGUGGGCACGAGUAGAUGGGCACGAGCCGUCCAGUCUGAACUGGAUGCUGAUUCUUCCUGGGGGAAAUGGCUGUGCCUGCCAGGGAGCGUAGGAAGCUCUGCCAGGGCUCCGUCAAGCUUCUUCUCAGGGAGGCCGUUGGCGGAUCAUGGAGCAUUCCUUCGUUGGGACGAUUCCUGCGGUGAACCAGUCCUGUUCAGGCCUGUGCUGGCCAGGGAGUCCCGAGCAUCAGGACAGUGGGAGGCCAGAGCGGACCAAAGCCCCACGCGGCCCACCUUCCACUCCCCCUGGCCAGCCAGGUGCUCGAACGACUUGGGGAGCAAAGUGGGUACCGCGCACUCACGCAUUCAGACAGGUCCUAAGCCAGUGCUGGAAGCAAGUGGCCACAGAGGUGGCCGUUCCCUGUUGCCUGCUGAAAGUCUUGUCCAGGGUGAGUUUCCUGGAUGUCUUUCCCAGCCAUUUAAGUCAGCCACCAUCCUCUUAAAUGCUGCCGUGCAGCGAACCCUUGUUUGAAAACAUACUUGAAACUCCCACCCGUCAGCUUCCUUGAAAGACAAGGACCGUUGGAAACUGCCCCCGCACUCCCCAGUCGCUGGUGCCAGGACCCUGUCGUCGGUGUGUCUCCUCCUUGGCCCAAACUCACUUCAGGUAGGCAGCCUUCUGAAACUGCAGCAGCCACCCCUUGAUACGGGCACCUUCUGCUGCCCCCCCCCCAUGGGGAAUUUGCCUUGUCCGCAGCGGCUGGGGGAGACGCUUGCAGGCAGCGGUCCCUUGUCAGUCACCAUGAGCUCUGACUCCUUGGCGUACUUGAGAAGUUGGAAGGGGGUCAGCUCUCCAAAUGCGCCACCUGAUCUCUGCAGUCCUGCUCUGCGCUUCCCGGGGCUCGUUGGGACAGUUUCGAGGGAUCCUCCACUGCUCUUUGCCACCCCUUUUCUCUGAAUCAAGCUACAUAAUCAGGGUCACCAGCGAAUUGGGCUGCUUCACAGCUCCAACCAGGCCACUGAUGGUGUUGAGUAAGUGUCCAGGAUCCCACCAUUUAUCACUACAAGACCUGCUCAUUUUUACUCACUUCUAGUUUCCUGCUCCUGAUCGCGAUGAGCCUCUGCUUUUAUCACGAUCACCAAGUUGGUUCAAGAGGAUUUUGCUGAGGGUUUUUGGAGAAGUCCCAAACAUAACGUUGACUACUUCAUUCUUAACACAUGCUCUAAAAGCUGGAGAAGGCGACCAGAUCCUUACUAGCUGUGGUUUGUCAGCAAGAGUUACCCUCCCACUUUAGGAGCGAUCAGCAGGUUUCUUUCUUUGUCCAUUGACCCCCACUUUUCCCUGGGAGCUCAAGGUUAAAAUAGAAACAAGAUAAAAAUGAACAAAAAGCGAAAUGUCAGAAAAACAGCACUUUCCAUUAACUGUCAGGUAGGUGUUAGGGCUGAAGGGGGACUUGAAUCUGAUCUCUCCAUCCUAGUCCGGCACCCUAACCACUGCACCAUGCUGCCGUCCAUCUUUUUUCUUUAUUGUAAACUGCCCAGAGUCACUUCCCCGUGAGAUGGGCAGUGACUAAACUUGAAAUAUAAAUAGAUAAAUAAAUUUGCUGUGCUAGAUAGAGUUGGGGGGAGCUGGGCUCAGCGAGAUUUGAAGGGCCACAGGCCCAUCUCUUCCGUACGCUUGAGCCUGCACUAAGGCUAACGCAGCAAUCACGCUGGGAUACUUUAUUGAUAGACUGAAUUGUUGAUUGACUUAGAAACUUGUACAGCCGCCCGUCUCGCACAAAAAUGACUCUGGGGGCUUCCUUCCUACUUCUGAGCUGCUACUAUAUUUUUAGCAAUUUGCUGCUGAAUUCAGAGUUUUAUCAUUCUCCCUUUUUUCUGCAGCGCUGCACUCUCUAGUGUAUUGAAAAUAUGUACUUUUUAAGGGAACCUGUAGUUGCCUUUACUCUAUGCUUUUUAACAUGCCGGUAGUUUUUUUUUGGGCUCAUUGUCUGCUUUAGGUCCACCUGUAUUACACAGUCAUUUAUAACUUCCAGAUUGCUGAAAAUUUGACUUUGUCUCCUUACCAGCUUCUUUUUAACAAAUCACCUCAGGUGUUUUUAGCCAUUUGAUGCUGUUUUUCAUUUUACUAAGGAUAAAUAUUGUCAUUCCUAGAAAUUUAACUUUGUGUGACUUGAGUGUUGUGUGUAUGUGUAUAUAUGUGUAUGCACACACACACACAUGCACACAUCUUCAUUCAAUGUUCAGGGCUAUGUUGAACUGGAUAAAAGAGAGGUCUCAAGAACAAUACUCUGCAUAAAUGCUUCUCUGAUGAGAAAAAUCAUGUAUUCAUUUAUCUAUCAUAUUUAUAUAGCCGCCCAUCUCGCAGGAUGUGACUCUGGGUGGCUUACCAUAAAAACACAUGACAACAACUAACAAAAUGCUAACAGUUAAAAACCACUCUACAAAAAAGAGCACCCACCGGGAUUACAAGGGACAGAGUAGCAGAGUUACUAUUAUAGGUGUCUCACUAAUUCACCGCUUCCUCGAGACCCCCGAGCCCAAUGACACAACCACGUGUUAAGGGGCUUCCAGGAGGAUGUCGGGGCGGGGCGGGGCUGGCCUCACCUCCGGGGGAAUGAUGUUCCACAAGCAGGGGGCCACAGCAGAGAAGGCCCAUCUCCUGGGACCCGCCACAUGCGCGCCCCGGCUGAUGGCACGCGCAGCACGCCUUCCCUGCCAGUGGGACAGGCUGGUGUGAGUGGGGAGGGGCGGUUCUUCAGAUAGUCCGGCCCCGUCCCACGAAGGGCUUUAAGGGUCACAACCAGCACCUGGAAUGGGACCCGGAAGCAAACUGGCAACCGGCGCAGCUCGUGGAGCAGAGGUGUGACGUGCCGUUGCAGAGGCGCAGACAACUGCCCGUGCCGCUGCAUUUUGUACCAACUGAAGCUUCCAAGCACUCUCAUGCACAGCCCCGUGUAGAGCGUGUUGCAAUAGUCUCAUCCAGGAGGUGACCGUCCUUGUCAAAGUUCUGUUACGUGGCAGCCAGCGCAGUCCCAAAGCAGACCUUGUACACACUUAAGGCCACUCAUGGCUUCGUUCUGGCCUGCUUGGUGCCUGUGUGGCAAACAGAGGGUGGUUCUUUGCAUCCCUUCCUCUUUCGCGAGGACAGCACCCCCAGAACCCAGAAUUAUUAAGCCUAAGCCUGAACUUGGGAGGGCCGAUGGUGCUGGAGAAGAACCCCCCCCCCCGGCCAUGAAAACCGCACACCCCUAGCAGACAGUCUGGCCUUCUGGCCAAGCAAAAGGACUAAAUUGGCUCUGAGAUCCAAGUAUGAGCAUUUCUUCCCUUCUUUAUGUAAGCCUUGCGUAUUGCCAAUUAUGGCAUAAAGUUCCGGGUAGAGUACAAUACUCAAAUGCACGUUUAUUGGGUUGAAAUACAAUAAACAGUGAAAGAUAGUGAAGCCACAGAUCCGGUGCCAGGAGUCACAGAGCAGUGUUGUUAUGAGAUCCGACGUGCCAACUUCAGCAGAAGCGUUUCUGACGCACCUAAGCUGAAAUAAACAUCGUGCCGGCUCUCUCUCUGCAGUUGGCUGUUUUGCUGGGCCAGGGCCAAUAAAAUCCAAGUACCGCCCGGAGGGGUCGCAACGCCGUGGGGGAGAAGGUGUCCUUGGCUGCUGCUGUAUUCCGGUGCACGCAGAGCCUGACGUUUGACGAGGAACAAACUGACGGGUUUGCUCAAGAACCCAGCGAAGGGCUCUGAUGCUUUCAAAAAGGAAAAAAGUGGAACUUGGGAAACGCUACCUAGAACGUUUUCUGAGCCGUUAGCCUGGCCCUUUUUCAGGGUCUCCCUGCUCACGGCCUGCUUCCGCCCUGUCCCCUCUCGGAGGACGCUGAAGGUGGUCACUCUAGCAUUCCUUAUUUCACCCCAGGCUGGGCGCUGCCAGGCCUCUCCUCUUGAACCAAAGUCAGUG